AUGUUUUUGCAACUUUGCGUAUCCUCUGUGAUUCUGUCUUUUGUGGUUGGUACGAGUGAGGAUCAAGUCCCAUCUUCGGCUGAUGCGGGUGAUGAUUCCAAAUUCAAAAUAGAAUGUCCGGAUGACAAAUUACAAGGCCUUUUAUUGGGAGUGACAGCAGGUGGAAUGGGCAUGGAUCGUGUACUAAACACAACAACUAUUAUCAUUAUUCUCAAACCUGUUAAAUCUGUUACCUUUCAGUUCAAGUGUCUAACAGAUCAGAGCAAAUUUGAAGAAGAGAUCUCUAUACUUGAAGUGAAAAAAUGGGAUCUCGUGAAACCCUUCACUCUCCCAGCAGACGAGAACGCUCUUACAUUCUUCUCAAAAAGCAACCAUCCUUAUCCCUUCGGUUGGUACUUUGGCAGUGGCUUCAAUAAGAGCGCGCAGAAUGCAGAAGAACUCCUUUGCGGCGUGUUCACGGAUCCUAAGGAUGGCAACAAGGUGGGAGCGUGCUUGGCGCAACCUGGCAAAGGUUCAUCGGCACCGUCCACCGAUGAUGGAUCCUCUGUAUAA